UUUUUUUUUUAAUUAAGAAAAAAUAAGGUUGUUACGCGAAUGUCAAUUUUGGGGUAAAUAAUGGGAGCUUGCCUUCAAAGAUCAGAUUAAUAUAAAAGCAUUUUAGGGAAAAAGUAAAAAAACAAAGUCAACCGACCAACAACUACUGAGCAGAAAACAAAACAUAAUCAGAAAUUAACAAGAAUUGUUUGGUCUCAACAGAAUUAGAUCGAAGCAGUGGAGAGAAUGGCAAGAGCAGGAGGUAUAACAAACGCUGUCAAUGUAGGGAUAGCAGUGCAAGCCGAUUGGGAAAAUCGCGAAUUCAUCUCUCACAUUUCCCUCAAUGUUCGUCGUCUCUUCGAAUUCCUCCUCCAAUUUGAGGCUACUACCAAGAGUAAGUUGGCUUCGCUCAAUGAGAAGCUGGAUACGCUGGAGCGACGUCUAGAGGCCCUCGAAGUCCAAGUGGGUACUGCAACUGCUAACCCUUCUCUUCUUAGUACUUGAUAUUGAGGUGUUAUUUGUAGUGAUUCUGCUUCACUAUAAGUGCUGUCUUUUCUGUAUUUCUGCUUGUGAACUGAAUAUACUUCAUCUUGUAUUGUAUUCCUUUUAAAGGGUAAUAUAUAUGUCUUCUUUUUGUGCCUCA